GGCUGCUGCAGGGCAACACCCCGGCGUCCCUGGAAGCGGGGAGCCGGGGUGGUGCUGGGGAAGCUGCGCAGAGCCCGGAGCCAUCGCCCUGAGUCUCCGCGGGUGGGGCACAGGCGCGCGAGCCCAGACCCAUCAUGGCCGGAAGACCUAUCCGCAUAGGAGACCAGCUGGUUCUGGAGGAAGACUAUGAUGAGACCUACAUCCCCAGUGAGCAGGAGAUUCUGGAGUUUGCCCGAGAGAUUGGCAUCGAUCCCAUCAAGGAGCCGGAGCUGAUGUGGCUGGCGCGGGAAGGCAUCGUGGCCCCGCUGCCCGUGGAGUGGAAGCCGUGCCAGGACAUCACAGGUGACAUUUACUACUUCAACUUCUCCAACGGGCAGUCCAUGUGGGACCACCCGUGUGACGAGCACUACCGGGGCCUGGUGGUCCAGGAGCGGGGCAAGCUGUCGGCACCCGCCGCCACCAAGAAGAAAGACAAGAAGAAGAAAAAGGACAAGAAGGACAAGAAGGACAAAGAGGCCUCCAAGAGUGCCCUGGCCCCGGGAGCCCCCCUUGCCCCCACGCACGUCCCCCCGGGGGGCCUGGCCCCACUGCGAGGGCUGGUGGACGGCGCGCCCGGACGGACGCAGAGCCGGAGCCUGGGCAGCUCAGCCGAGUCGGGGCAGCCCGGAGACCUCCCGCUGCCGCAGCACACUCUCAGGACUCAGGCCAACCCCGAGGGGCCGCAAGGCUCCAUCCACCGGGACAGGAACGCCCUCGGCCUCCUGGGGCGGGGGGUGGAGGCCCCCCAGGAGGAAGUGGCAGACAGUGACCGCCAGAGUGUCGGCAGCUCCAGCGACCCCCUGAAGGACCUGCACCUGGACGUCGGGGCGCUCAGCGCGGCCUUUGUCUACGAGGAGUCUCCGCCGACGAGCCAGCUUGAGAGGAGGGACCCGUCUCGGGGCUCCGAGGCCGCCGGCCCCACUUCUGCCGGCAAGCUCCCCGGCCACGGGGCAGACAGCAGCCCGGGCAGCGGCAAAGGCAGCAGAGGUGGCCCGGGCAGAGGGGAGGGCGCCCGCACCCCCAAGAAAGAGCGGCUCGAGAAGAAUGAGCCCCACCCCGUCAGGAGCCUGAAGAGUCCCGAGCCGGACCCCGGGGGCCCUCAGCCUGCCAAAGCCAGCACCAGACAGCCCCCAGAGAGCCCCGGGGACGGGGAUGCGGGGAAGGAAGGUCCCAGCAGGGAAGGGGAAGCGAAGGAGCCGUCCCGCCUGAGAGCGAGCUUGUCGGAUGUAAGCGAGGACUUGGACCUCAGUGAGCACGUGGAGAGGCUCCGGCUGUCGGGCGACUCCUCCGACUCCAAGUCCUUCCUGGGCCUGGACUUGGGCUUCCGCAGCCGGAUCUCGGAGCACCUGCUGGACGUUAACGAGCUCUCCCCAGUGCUGAAUGGAGGCGCCUGGGAGGCCCAGAGGGUGGGAAGAGGAGACAAGGACAGCGGCCAGUCGGGCUGGGAGGAGUGGCAGAGCCAGCCAACGGGAGGCUCCGAGAGGUCAGAGGAGUCUCGGCUGCUGAGUCCCAUCCCCCGUCCCGGCCCCAAGGAAGGGCCGCCGGAGCAGGAGGAGGCCGAGGGUCCUGAGGACGACGCAGGCAGCCCCCUCCUACAGGCCUCCCUGCAGAGGGAGGAAGAGACCCCCAGCCCGCCGGGCACCCCGGCAGGGGCCCGGGAGCAGCACGGGCAGGUGGAGGAGCCAGAGCCGGCUCCGGCCCGCCCCAGCCCCCCAGCGUCACCCGAGGCGCAGCCCACGGCGCCGCCAGUGGCCCCCCAACAGCAGCCCCGGGAGGCCACGCUCCCGGCCCCGGCCCCCGAGGCGGCGGGGCUGCAGGCGCUCGCCCGGGAGGAGCAGCGGCUGCUGGGGCUCCAGCGCGAGAAGCUGCAGCAGCUGCGGGAGAAGCUGCGGCAGGAGGAGGAGGAGGAGAGGCGGCAGCUGCGGCAGCAGCAGGAGCAGUCGCUCAGCUCCCUGAAGGAGCAGCUGCAGCGAGCGGCCCGCGAGGAGGAGGCGCGGCUGCGGGAAGAGGAAGGCCAGAGGCGUGCGCAGCUGCGGGCCCAGGUCCAGUCCAGCACGGCUGCGGACGAGAGGCAGCUCAGGGCGCAGCAGGAGGCGGCCCUGCAGGAGCUGCGGGCGGAGCUGGAGGCCCAGCGGGAGGCCCAGCGCGCCCGCCUGGAAGAGCAGCACCGGCAGGCGCUGCAGCAGCAGCGGGAGGAGCUGGAGGCGGUAGCGCGGCGCCAACGGGCCUCCUUGAGCACGGAGAAGGAGCAGGCGCUGGAGCAGCUCCGGGAGCAGCUGGAAGGGGAGCGGAGAGAAGCAGCCGCAGCCCUGGAGAAGGCGCACCGGGCCGAGCUGCAGCAACUGGCCGGCUCCUGGGAGUCUGAGCACCCGGAGGUGGCCCCAAACUCCCAGAAGCCCACGGAGGAGACGGAGCCGGGACAGGGGGGCCCGUGGCAGGAGAGCCUGGGGCGCACCGAGCUGCUGGCCCGGCAGAAGGCUCAGCACGCACGCGAGUACGAGCACGAGCUCAGCGCCCUCCUGCAAGAGAAGCGGCAGGAAGUGGAGCGGGAGCACGAGCGGAGGAUGGACCGGCUGAAGCAGGAACACCAGCGGGCGCUGGCUGACGCCCGAGAGCAGUACGAGGCGCAGGAGAGGAAGCAGAGGACGGAGCUCCUGGACCACCUCACCGGGGAGCUGGACCGGCUGCACCGCGCCCAUGAGCGGGAGCUGGAGCUGGUGCGGCGGGAGCAGGAGCGGCUGCUGGAGGACACGCGGCGGAGCUGCCGGGAGCAGGAGAGGAAGCUCCAGGACCUCCAGGCGGAGCUCGAGAGCAGGUCCAGGGAGGUCAAGGCCAGGCUGGCUGAGCUGGAUGUCCAGGAGGCGGCGGCCCGGAAAGAGAAGCAGCAGCGCCUGAGCGCGCAGAGGCAGGCGGCGCUGGAGAGCGAGGAAGCCCACUCGGCCCACCAGCGCCUGGACGAGGCCCGGACGGAGCACGCCCACCUGCUGGAGUCCAGCCGGCAGCUGCGCCGCACCCUCGAGGAGCUCCGCGCCUGCAGGUUCGAGCUGGAGACCCAGGUGGACCUGCUGCGGGGUCAGAGCCAGAGGCUGCAGAAGCAAGUCAGCGACCUGGAGGCCGAAGUGCAGAGGAAGCAGGCGGCCCUGACGGAGCUGGCCACACAGGAGGACACCCCCGCGCCCCGCUUUGAGCCCAGCCUCCGCCUCGAGGACCUGCGGAAUUCUCUGGGCCUGAACCAGAGCAAAGACGGCGCCUCCUCUCCCUACAAGGAGCCGGACCUGUCCCUGAACAGCGCCCCGCACUACCUCUCAGCCGAGGGCCAGGCGCUGCGCAACGCCAGGGAGUUCCUGGUGCGCCAGAAGCGCUCCAUGCGGCGCCGCCAGUCGGCCCUGAGGGCCGCGCACCAGCGCUGGUGCCGCGAGCCGGAGGGUGAGCAGGACGCGGCCACCCGCCUGCCGGGCAGCAAGGCCCCGGAGGACACGGACCAGGUGCCGAAGGAGCAGCCCUCCAGAGGCAGUCAGGAGGGGACCCCCACAAAGAAGACAGUGACCUUCGACCUCAGCGACACGGACGACUCGAGCACCGACACUUCUGAGUCCUCGCGGGUUCAGUUGUCCCCGCCCCAGCGGUCCCCCCACCACAGAUACCAGGCCCUGCACAGCGACCUCCAGCGCGUCAGCAGGCAGCUCAGCGGCAUACUGGGUCUGCUGGCCGGCCCGGACCCGCGCGCGCCCCUUCCGCUGCUCACCGCCUCGCCCGCGCAGGCCGGCGCCCCCCGGAGCGCCCCCAUGGCCACCUACCCCGCCCCGCUGUCCGCCUCCUCGUCCACGGCCCCCGUGUCCUCCCCGUGGGCCUGGGCCCCGGACCCCCCUCUGGCCUCAGUGACGCAGGCGGUGGAUGAUUUCCUGGUGGAGAAGUGGCGCAAGUAUUUCCCCACUGGGGUCCCGUUCUUCAGCUGCGGCCCCACCCCACUGAGCAACAGGCUGGGUUACGUGUCUGCCAGCGAGCAGCUCCGCCUCCUGCAGCGCCCCCACUCCCAGGUGCCCUCCGGGGUGGGCAGCAGCAACUUUGAGAGCCUGCUGGAGGCUAACCGGAAGUGGCUGCGGAGAUACAAGAAUGACCCCAAGUCGCAGCUCUUCUCCGUGCCCAAGCCCCCGGCCUCCUCGAGCCUCCUGCAGCUGGGCCUGGACCAGCAGAACAGACUGAACGUGCAUUAUUUCUGAGGCCCGGGGCCCGGCUCUGUCCUCCCGGGCCGGUGGCCACAGGACCCAGCUAGCCUGGGUCUCGGCGCAGACACGGGGUGCCUGCCGGGGGGGAGGGGUGGCGUCAGCCGAGGGGACGCCCCUCCUGAAGAUGCCGGGCCCAGGCUCUCCUCACUAAUACCUCAGCCUCGCGGGGAGCGAGGCCACGUCCUUUCUUGCCCUGACCCUCCUCCCCCGCCUUCUCUCAGGAGCGGCUCAUGUGCAGAGCCCUGCCCGGGGGGUGGGGUACAGCCCCCAGCCCUCCUGGCCCGAUUCUCAGGAAGCCACACACCACCCGAAGGGCGGGGUGACUGGCAGGCCCCCCUCUGGCACUCUUUCCCGCCCGCCGGGGUCCCCUCCGCCUGGUGCCACGUGUGUCCACGGCUGUCUCCCUCACCAGAGCCCCCUCCAAAGGGGGUGUGCCAGGGGCUCGAGGGGCCCCAGGGCCGUCGCUAUCUGCCCCCUCUCGAAAGGUCUCUUUAUUGUCCCGUCUGACACGUGGACCCACCUGCUCUGCCCUGUCCCUCCCAUCUCUUGUCCCCGGUCCGGCAAGAGCCGAGCAGCUUUCUCACCCCGGUGCCCGGCGGGCACGGCUCCCACACGGGUCCCAGCCCUCUCGCCGCUGGCUCGGUCCACGGCUCUGCCAGCAGUGCCCACACUGUGCCCUGUUUUCUACAGCCAUUAAAUCUCUGCAGGUCUGUUUUCUA